CAGACCCGACUGUAUGUUGCGUCAUUUUUUGUCUGUGAAGCCUCUUGGAUUGAUCAACAAAUCAGAUUCCUUUUUUCUACAUUAUUAUCAUACGAAAUCGCUUAAAUCUAACCACACCUUGAAGCAUCAUCUUGAAUCAGGGGAGCCAAUCAAAGCACUCUUGAAUUUUCGGCAUCGAUUCAGAGAAAGUCCUAGUUUCAUAGACAGUUUCUCUGUCUUGUUUGCCAUCAAAGCUUCAUCAGCUCAGAAAGCUCCCUCAUUUGUGGGCAAACAGAUCCACGCUCUUGUAAGAAAACUAGGGCUCCAUAGUAUAAUCCAAAUCCAAACAUCCCUUAUCGGGUUUUACUCUGCGGCAGGUGAUCUCGCUGAUGCACGCCAAGUGUUUGACGAAACGCCUGAGAAACAAAACGUCGUCUUGUGGACGGCUAUGAUAGCUGCUUACACUGAGAACGAGAACCAUGUGGAAGCCAUUGAGCUCUUUAAACGAAUGGAAGCAGAAAAGACCGAACUUGAUGAAGUUAUUGUGACUGUGGCUUUAUCGGCUUGUGCUGGUCUCGGGGCGGUGCAGAUGGGAGAACAGAUUUACUCACGCAGCAUCAAGAGAAAACGGAGGUUGGCUAUGGAUUUAACUCUCAGAAACUCGCUUCUUAACAUGUACGUAAAAUCUGGGGAUAUUGAGAAAGCGAGGAAACUCUUUGAUGGAACUUUGAGAAAAGAUGUGACUACUUACACAUCUAUGAUCGUCGGGUAUGCUUUGAACGGUCAAGCUCAAGAAUCUUUAGAACUCUUCAAGAAAAUGAAGACGAUUGGUCAGAGUCAAGAUUCAUCGGUUACUCCAAAUGAUGUAACUUUCAUCGGCGUCUUGAUGGCUUGUAGUCACGGUGGUCUAGUGGAAGAAGGAAAACGACAUUUCAGGAGCAUGGUCGAGGACUACAAUCUGAAACCUAGAGAUGCUCAUUUCGGAUGUAUGGUCGAUUUGUUUUGUCGUUCAGGUCGCUUGAAGGAUGCUCACGAGUUCAUAAAUCAGAUGCCGGUAAAGCCAAACGCUGUGAUUUGGAGAACACUGCUUAGCGCUUGCAGUCUUUAUGGGAAUGUUGAGCUCGCGGAAGAAGUUCAGGGACGGAUAUUUGAGUUAGAUGAUGAUCAUGUCGGAGAUUAUGUUGCGUUGUCGAAUAUUUACGCUUCGAAAGGAAUGUGGGAUGAAAAAUUGAAGAUGAGAGAUCGUGUGAGGAAGAGAAGACUGCCUGGAAAAAGCUGGAUUGAGGUAGGAAGCAUUAUCGCUGAGUUUGUUUCAGGGGAUGAUGAUGAGAAGCUAAUGAUGGGAGAGAUUAGUGAAGUUUUGAGGUCUUUGGUUGCUUGUAUGACAGGUUAUGAUUAUGUGGUGGGGAAUUUGAACUCCAGUUAUUGA